CCCUUCCCGGUGCCGCCGACUCCCGGAAGGGCCCGGCGGGGCGGGGCGGGGUCAGCGGCAGCCGCGGGCAGGAGCGGAGCGGAGCGGAGCGGGGCCGGCCGCGGCGGGCAGCGGCGCGGGCAGCAUGGCGGACGGCACGGCGGGCGACGCGACGGGCUGCGGGCGCGUGCGGGCGCUGCAGCAGGAGGUCGAAGGCGUCAAAACCAUCAUGACCCAGAACGUGGAGCGGAUCCUGGCGCGGGGCGAGAACCUCGAGCAGCUCCACAGCAAAAGCCAGGACCUGGAGGCCACUUCGGAGCACUUCAAGACGACAUCCCAGAAGAUGGCCCGCCGGUACUGGUGGAAGAAUGUGAAGCUGCUCGUCAUCCUCGGCCUGGUGGGCGCCAUCAUCCUCAUCCUCAUCAUCCUCCUGGCCACCGGCACCAUCCCCACCUAGAGCCGACCCCGCGUCCCCCCCCCACCCGCGGGGACCCCCCGGCCACCCCCGUGUCCCCCGGGGAAUACAGGGAUGACAAGAACCGUGUGAGGCUGGGUGAGGGGCUGGUGCGGUGCCAGCGCGAGGCAGAGGAGGUGACGGAGCUGAUGAAGCAGAAUUUUGCCCGGGCGCUGGAGCGGGACGGGCGCCUCAGCGACCUCGACAGCCGGGCCCAGGAGCUGCGCGCCAUGGGCGAAACCUUCACCCGCAGCACCCGGGCUGUGGCGCGGCAGCAGCGCAGGGGACACCGGCGCUGGCGCCUGGUGGUCAUCGGCCUCGCCGGCCUCCUCCUCCUCCUCCUCCUCCUUAUCCUCGGCCUGGCACUAUGGCUGCCACGGCCACCCCCUGCCAUCAUCACUGUCACUGUGCCCCCCGGUACCUCCCCCGGCGGGGACUGAGCCGCCGGCACCACGGGGAGCCUGCCAGGACUUGGGGGAGACCCUACAAUAACAAACCAGCGUGAUCUGUUUUGGGGACACCCUACAAUAACAAACCAGCAGGAGCAGCUUUGAGGAGACCCUACAAUAACAGAGCAGCAGGACCCACUCCAGGGAGACCCCCAUGAUAAAUAAGCACCAGGAUCUGCUUUGGGGAGACCCUACAAUAACAAAUGCGCCGGACCCUCUCCGGGGAGACCCUACAAUAACAAAGCAGCAGGAUCUGUUUUGGGGAUACGCUACAAUAACAAACCAGCGUGAUCUGUUUUGGGGAGACCCUACAGUAACAAACUGGCAGGACCCUCUCCGCAGAGACCCUACAAUAACAAACCACCGUGCCUUGCUCCAAGGUGACCCUGCAAUAACAGCCCCUGUGGGAUCGAAUUCAGGGAGACCCUACAAUAACAAACCACUGUGCCUUGCUCCCGGGAGACCCUACAAUAACAAAGGGACCUGAUUUGGGGAGACCCUAUCACAAUAAACCAGCACAACCCA